AUGGCUGCCGUCGUUAACGGGACGAAGACCGGCAAGCCGGUGCUCUUCUUCGAUAUCGACAACUGCCUGUAUCCUAGGAGCACUCGGGUUCACGAUAUCAUGGCGGAGCUCAUCGACCAGUACUUCGUCAAGCAUCUGGACAUUCCCUUCGAUGAGGCGGUCAGGCUGCACAAGGAGUACUACACCAACUACGGGCUAGCCAUCGAGGGCCUCGUGCGCCACCACCAGAUCGACCCCCUCGACUACAACGCCAAGGUCGACGACGCGCUCCCCCUGCAGGACAUCAUCAAGCCGAACCCCGAGCUGCGCAGGCUGCUCGAGGACAUUGACAAGUCCAAGGUCACCAUGUGGCUCUUCACCAACGCCUACGUGACGCACGGCAAGCGCGUCGUCAAGCUGCUGGGCAUCGACGACCUCUUUGACGGCCUUACGUUUUGCGACUACGCCCAGCAGCCCCUGAUUUGCAAGCCGCACGAGGAAAUGUACAAGAAGGGCAUGCGGGAGGCAGGCGUCGAGCGGGUCGAAGACUGCUUCUUUGUCGACGACUCAUACUCAAACUGCGUCAAGGCCAAGGAGUUUGGCUGGACGGCCGCUCACCUGGUUGAGGACGGGCUGCCUGUUCCCAGGACACCUGCGUCGCAGUAUCAAAUCCGCGACCUGCAAGAGCUGCGAGACAUUUACCCCCAGUUCUUCAGGUCCAAGUCGGCUUGA